AUGGCCCUCUCGCAGUCGCAGCACCGCCUUCGCACUCUCGACGAGGCCGUAGAGACACACAUUGGCGAAAUCAGUUGGAAGCAAGUUCUCCAAUUGGUCCUAAUUUCUUUGGCGUGUUUCUUUGACGCGCAACAAAACUUUAUCACCAUCUUCACUGACGCCCACCCAAGAUGGAGCUGCAACUCUCAAUCCCCCGCCGCGUGUGCCGACAUGUGCCGGCUGCGGAGGGCUCAUGCUCUAUCCUGCCUCAUCAUGUCGGUUUUUGGGAGCCUAACCGUCUUUUCUGUGAACGUGUGGAUGUACGCCGAGCUCCAAUUCAUGAGCAGCCUCGGUCGAGCCGUUAUCGGCUCGUGCUCAUUCGUCCUCGGGAGCGAACUCGUCGGCCAGAAAUGGAGGGGGAAAAUUCGGCAUUUUCGGCUUCUUUACUCGAUUAUCGUCUACUUCCCGGCUCACGAGUCCCCGAGAUGGCUCUACAUCAAGGGAAAAAAUGGGAGUUCACAUUGGAAUGAUCAUUUGUUGACUGAGAAUUAUGUAGAACAGAAUCACUCUACUGCGUUUAAAGUCUUGUUCCAGCGUAAGUGGGCAGUGAAGAGAUUGAUAAUGAACUCCGUGGCGGGAUUCGCGGUUGGGUUGGCCUACUAUGGGAUGCCUUUAGGCCUCGGGAGCUUGCACUUCAAUUUAUACAUAAACGUCGGGAUGAAUGCCAUGUCGAGCCUCCUGUCGAACGUGGCCAUGCUUUUUGUGAUCGAGAGAAUGAGGCGGAAGGUGUUUAUGGGUGGACUGUGUUUGUUGAGCGGGGUUUGCAACUUGGUUGGUGUGUUCGUGAGGCCGAGGUGGAAGAUUGGGAUGGAGCUACUCUUUUUUUCGGGCGGGCAUGGCCUUCAACGUGCUUUUGGUGUACGUGAUGGAGAUGUUCUCGACGUGCGUGAGAAACUUCGUUGUGUCUGUAAUAUGGCAUCCCUCACAACAGACACAACGAAACCCACGAACACGCCCGCCAGGUUGCAAACCCCGCUCAACAAAUAUAGCCCACCAAUAAACACCUUCCGCCUCAUUCUCCCGAUCACGAAAAGUAGGGCCACGUUCGACAGGAGACCCGACAGGGUAUUCAGCCCGACGCUUAUGUAUAAAUUGAAGUGCAAGCUCCCGAUGCCCAAAGGCAUCUCAUAG